AGCAACUUGUUUGGACGAAGUCAAUGUGUUGCAUCAUUCUCUUAGUCAUGAGUGUCAUUUUCUGUGUUAAGGAUGGAAAAAGAUUGUUCAGAUAAUGGACUGUUUGGUGUAAAAUGAAGGUGAAAGGGGUAUAUGGUCUAGCACAGAGGUUUUCUCCAUAAACACUGAUGUUAAUCUCAAAUACCUUAAAGAUAAAAUGAACUCAACAAGCUUCAGUUAUCAUCCUGUAUCCCCUCUGAGGUGGGCACAGCUACUGCAGUUACUGGAAUGGCUUUAAAUUUACCAGAUGCAAGGCAUCAAGCUGAGGCUGUUUUACUGCAGGACUAUGGAAACCUUGAAGUCCAGGCACAUGGUCAGGGUACCAUAAUGAUUCCUCAGACCACUGUGAACAUCCCUGCCGAGCAGCUCAAGGACAACAUUGUCUGGUCUCUCUUCAGCUUUGUCUAUGGAAAUCCCUGCUGCAUUGGACUGGCAGCUCUCAUCUUCUCUGUCAAGGCCAGAGACCGGAAGAUGGUUGGAGAUCUGAAUGGUGCCAGGAGUUAUGCAUCUACUGCUCACAUUCUCAAUAUUGUGUCCACAGUCCUGAUAAUUAUAGGAAUCCUCCUUUUUAUAAUUGUGUUCUUUCUUAACCGUUAGCAAAAACGCCAUCAUUCCUAACCAACUUUCACAUUGUAUGAGAGUGCUGUCCAACACCAUGGCUUGGUUGCUGCGCUGAUUUUGCUCUG